AGUGGUUUCUCCCAGCUCCUUCCUGCUGGUCUCGCAACUCUGGGCUUAAAAAUCCUGCCUGGUGGCCUCGUCCCGCCCCUCCUCUUCCUCUUCCUCCCUCCGGUUCCUUUUCCUCCUUCCGGUUCUUGGUCCAGGCCGCCGGUCUCGAGCUCCCCUGGCCUUGUCCUGGUUGGCUGGCGCGCGACAGGAUCCGGUAAGCUGAACAGCGUCUCCUCGCGGCCAGUGCGUGCGUACGUGCGUGAUGACGUUACUGCGUGGCUUCGGGAAUACGUGGCUUCCUAGCGAUUUGGCGGUGUAUAGGCACGGCUGAGUACGUGCCUCCUGCGUACGUGCGUGAUGUACGUACGUGCGUGACUACGCGCCCACGUACGUUCUUCAUGAAAGGGACGACGGGAGCUGCAUGAAAGCGGAAGAGUUAUGGACUGCUAGCACCUGUCAAUGGCCACUGGUUUCCCGGAGUUAGCGGAAGCUACCUUUCAGCCCUGACACGAGCCGGGCGCUCUCUCUUCUCACCGCGGCCCACGUCUCCUCGCUGGCUCCGGUGGCCUCGCUGGGUCGCGAGGAGGCGGAGGACUGUUCUUCCCUGAGGCCAAAAGCCAGAGUCGGCCCUGAACGCCCACGACUCUCAGGGUCCGGAGGCCGUGAGACCAGCGGCGGCUGAAAGGUAAAGAAGCUAAGUGGAAGAGUGUUUCCUCCUCUGGUCGCAAAGCAGGUACUCUCUGCAGCACCAGCUGUCCCUGCCCUACUACUGACCGCCCCAAAGACUCCAUGGGCUGAGUCAGCCAAAUCCCAGCCCCUUCCCUUGGGCCUGCCGUGGUGCUGGACAUCAGUGACAGACGGAAGCAGCAGACCAUCGAGGCCACAGGUGGCCCGGGGCGCUUGGGAAGAUGAAGUUUGGCUGCCUCUCCUUCCGGCAGCCUUAUGCUGGCUUUGUCUUAAAUGGAGUCAAGACUGUGGAGACGCGCUGGCGUCCCCUGCUGAGCAGCCAGAGGAACUGUACCAUCGCCAUCCACAUUGCUCACAGGGACUGGGAAGGCGAUGCCUGGCGGGAGCUGCUGGUGGAGAGGUUCGGGAUGACUCCUGCUCAGAUUCAGGCCUUGCUCAGGGAAGGGGAAAAGUUUGGUCGAGGAGUGAUAGCGGGACUCGUUGACAUUGGGGAAACUUUGCAAUGCCCCGAAGACUUAACUCCUGAUGAGGUUGUGGAACUAGAAAAUCAAGCUGUACUGACCAACCUGAAGCAGAAGUACCUGACUGUGAUUUCAAACCCCAGGUGGUUACUGGAGCCCAUACCUAGGAAAGGAGGCAAGGAUGUAUUCCAGGUAGACAUCCCAGAGCACCUGAUCCCUUUGGGGCAUGAAGUGUGACAAGUGUGGGCUCCUGAAAGGAAUGUUCCAGAGAAACCAGCUAAAUCAUGACACCUUCAAUUCGCCAGCAUGAUGCAGACCUGUAUACAUUAGGUUAAAUCUGAAUUUCCACUGCUUUGUAGAGUCCCACCCACUAAGCACUGUGCAUGUAAACAGGUUUCUUUGCUCAGAUGAAGGAAGUAGGGGGUGGGGCUUUCCUUGUGUGAUGCCUCUUUAGGCACACAGGCAAUGUCUCAAGUACUUUGACCUUAGGGUAGAAGGAAAAGCUGCCAGUAAAUGUCUCAGCAUUGCUGCUAAUUUUGGCUCUGCUAGUUUCUGGAUUGUACAAAUAAAUGUGUUGUAGAUGA